AUGUUCAGACCAUCCACUAUCAACACUUCGAGUAUCUUUCAUUCUCUUGCGGAUAAACCAAUACGUCCAUGCAGUCGCCGUCUUCACACUUCUGUUGGGCUGUCUGCGAAAUCAACACGCCUAUGCACUGUUCGCAAGAAUACUUCCUAUGCCUCAAGGGAAGAUAUUGCUUGUACCUCUCGGGCAGCAACAUUACCGCAUCCACCAUCAGACACUCACCUUAGAGAGUCGCAGAGGCGAUGCAAUCUGACAACGGAUCAGUACAACGAGCUGUCCGACGCGACUAUGGACGCGAUGCUGGACUCGUUAGAGGCGUUGGUGGACGAGAGCGGACAGCAGGAGUACGAGAUUGAGUAUAACAGCGGGGUAUUGACGCUGAAGCUGGGAUCUCACGGGACGUAUGUGAUCAACAAGCAGCCGCCUAAUAAGCAGAUAUGGUUGUCUUCGCCUUUGAGUGGUCCAAAACGUUACGACUACGUCCCAACCCAAGACGACUGGAUCUACUCUCGGGAUAACACCUCAUUAAGUACCCUCCUCGACAAGGAGCUGAGCGACGUGUUCGGGAAGGAAGUCAAGUUGGGAUUAGAGGAGACUUCGAAGUUGGUUCCUUAG